AUGAAGUACAGCACUGCCCUGACCCUCUUCCUCGCCUGUGGCCCUUCGGCUAUCAUGGCUGCCCCUGUCGCCCAGGACGCCACUCCAGCGCUCGCUCUUCGCGGCGAUGGUCCCCAGCCUCAGGCUAGCCCUCAGACGGCUCCCCAGGGCUCAGCUGCCACUGGCCAAAAGGGCCAAAAGUCCGGAAACGAGGGUAUUCUCGACAAAGUUGAGAAGAUUCUCAAGGAUGUCCUCGGCGGGCUUCGCAAGCGUGGCCUCGUUGAGGAAGUCGGUGAUGCUGCCAAGAAGGCCUUGGACGGAACUAGCAAGCUUGUCAACGGCGAACAGUCUGGCAGCCAGAGCGGCUUCUCCUCGCAAUCCUCCAACCCGGAUGCCGCUCCUCAGCAACAGUCUAAGCCAAAGGAAAAGGACGAUGGUGAUGAUGAUGACAAAAAAGAUGACAGCAAGGAUGGCGGCGAAGGUGGUGUCGGCAAGUUCCUCGGCGGCCGUGGCAGUCCUAUCGACCCUGUUACCAGCCAGGUCGAGUCUCUGCCCAAGGAUAUUCCAGCUGCUGCCCCUGUCAAGAAAUCUUACACCAAUGACCGCGACGACGAUGACGAGCACCGCCACCACUCCAGCCCAGAAUCCAGCAGCGGCAAGUCCGGCAAUAGCUCGUCUUCCAGCGACGGCCAGCUCUCUCCUGAGCAAAUCGCUGCCAUUGUCGGUAUCCUUAACGGUGGUGGAGCUCAGAAGAAGCCUCAGAUCCCUGGUCAGGAUGACUAG